UAGACGAAAGAGAGRAUACAAAUAUUUUCGACGAAUGCGCGGACGUCUUGUCUGACGUUCCGGACGGCUUGGCCGAUUUGGAAAACAUUGAAAAUCAAMAAAGUGACAGUGAUGCAGAAUCGUCGGAGGAUAGUGAAAUACUUCCAAGAAGAAUUCGGCAAGCGCUACGGUUGCCAACUGAUUCGGAAGAGUCAGACGAAGAAGACAGUGCACAAUGGUCAGACUUUGACUUACCGAGGACCAAUAAUGAAUUUGAAGGAUCUCCRGGUCCAAACAUAUUUCCCAAGGAUACGCAAAGCUUCGAGGAUAUCACAGGAUUAUAUAUUGGGAACGAUUUAUUUGAAUAUAUUUGCAAUGAGACCAACAAGUACUACAGUCAAAAUUGCGAUAAAAKGAAACAGGAUAAAAAAAAUGCUAAAUUUGUAGAUUUUACGGCACUCGAACUGAGAAAAUGGUUUGGACUUGCUAUUCUUAUGGGUAAUAUAUAUUCCGGCGUUGGACARCCUUUAGCAAAUACAGUAAGGGAACUAUUGACACCUUCCUAUGGAAAGUAG